AUGGCUCGAGUAGUGUCCUAUGUCAUUGAUAAUAGCUCAUACUCCAUUAACGGGGACUUCUCUCCCACCGUCUUGGCCCAAGAGUCGGAAGCAUGCCAAUUUCUAUUUGCACAAGAUAACCAUAGUAAUAGCGAGUCUCUUGCAUCUGUUGUUGGAAUGGGGCGCAAAGCACGCCUUAUCUGCCCGCUUACGAACGACCCUGAACACAUUCGUGAAAGUGUUCUAAAGCUGCAGUCUGACAGCCUGUACCCGAUUGAACCAUCAGCCUUUUUGACAGCUAUCCAGAUAGCUCUCCUUUCUCUUCGUCACAGGCCAACCCAAACGAUGGCGUCAUCGAUAGUAGCAUUCGUUUACAGCCCCUUAGAAUUAAGUGUGGAUAAGGAGGACAUGACCAAUUUGGGCAGGGAGCUAAGCAGUGAAGCCAUUGACAUUACGCUCUAUGUCUUUGGAGAGCAUGCUCAGGCGAAUGCACAGCUUUUACAGUACCUCGUGGAUGCUUCGGCUGCAGGGAGCAAUAGGAUAAAUGCGACCGUAACCCAUAUUAAUGGGAAUUCCCUGUAUGACUUUGUCAAUUCCUAUGUCCAGACCCUCAUGCUUGGAAACAUGGCUACGGGCUACAUCAAUUACGACGACGAUGAAGAUGACAUUGAGCUCCAGUUGGCUUUGCAGCUGAGUAGACAAGAGGCGGAGGAAGCUGCGCGUCGCAACCAGCAAGGUAGUGCAGAGCAUGAGGAUGCUGUAGAUGCAGAGGCAUCUGCCCCACCCUCUACUGACACUUCUUCUGCACCAACCACUUUCAAGGGAACAGAUGCGCAGCCCUCAAUUUUUGGUAUAGAACGUGAAGAUAGGCUUGGUCCGACGCAGGAUGAGAAUUCCAUAAACUCAGACGAUUUGGCAAAAGAUCUGGACGCCAUGGACGACUCUGACCCAAAGUAA